GUCAGCUCACUGAGUUUGAAAGAAUCCCAGAGCUGUGUAAGCCCCAGUGAGACUCGUGCUUCUUCUCCAGCGGACCAAGCUCGGAAGAUCGAUUGGGCUUAGAAAUUUCCGGCGAAUUUCACAUCCCGCCGGUUCUUCUCCGUCAAUUCGGGCUCUUUGACUUCGCUUUGUUUUGGAUGAUGUUGAAAAAAUGGCCGGCGAACUUUUGCGUCUGUUGAAAGAAAUGAUUACGACAUUUCGUCUCGUUUGCACGGAUGGACUGUCAUUCAGCAAUUUACGUUUGCACGUUAAGUUCUGUGACGCUGUUAAUGUCAUUUAGCAUUCGUUAAAAUUGUUAAGUUUAUGAGCGUCCAUGAAGUUAAAGUCUUGUAGUUGCUUUAUUAGAAGAUUAUAAUUUCGCAUGGUUGCUAGAAAGGUGAUUUCUGGAGCAUUGAAAAGAGUGUGAUUUAGCUUGAAUGAAGACAAAGUUACUGGCAAAUUUUCUUCAAAUCGAUUCGGCUCUCUGAAUGUCUGUCAUUUAGAACUACAUGGAUUAAAAUUAGAUUACCUUGAAGGUUAGCCAUGGAGUUUGAUACUGGUCUUGUCAUAUUCACGGGGGCCAAGUAUUAAGCGGGAGUUUAAUGGAUGAAGGCUGGAACAGGCUGAAAUGUUACCCCAUCAUACAAGUAUAUGCUCAAGUGUACCUAAUAUCUUGUCGAUAUACUUCUUCCUCUAAGCCCGAGUCUCUCACACGACGGGGGGUAUAACAAAUAUAUAUUGUACCGACGCCUCCUAGACCUUUAAGAUGGAGGAAGUUUGUCUUAAUAGCGAGCCUAUCUUUGAUGAAUGUGACGAGUAUGAGGUGGAUGGUGAUGGUGAUGAUUCCUUGGUAGGCAACGACAACGAAUCUGGGGAAGCACAGUCUAAGAAGAAUUCUCCGCUUCCAACUGUGGGUUUGGAAUUUGAUUCCUUUGACGAGGCAUACGAUUUCUACAAUGUUUAUGCUAAGGAACUGGGCUUUGGCAUCAGAGUCAGCAAUUCGUGGUUUAGAUCUAAAAGGAAAGAGCGAUAUAGAGCCAAACUUAGCUGCAGUAGUGCAGGCUUCAAGAAAAAGAGUCAAGCAAACAAUCCAAGGCCGGAAACUAGAACUGGUUGUCCUGCGAUGAUAAUUAUUAGGCUGGUUGACACCAAAAGGUGGAGAAUAGUUGAAGUUGAGCUUGAACACAACCACCCAGUUAGUCCACAAAUCACUCGAUUUUACAAGUCACAUAAAAAGAUGAUUCUUGCUGCAAAGAAAGUGCAGGCACAGCAGCAUCCUGUAACUGAAGUUCAUACCAUCAAGCUGUAUAGAACAGCUUCUCUUAAUGGUUGUAAUGGAUGCUCAAAUGUUGACCAAAGAGAGGGCAUCAGUUCUGUUGAUCACUUGAAGCACUUGGAACUUAGAGAUGGGGAUGGACAUGCAUUGUAUAAUUACUUCUGCCGCAUGAAAUUGACAAAUCCCAAUUUUUUUUACUUGAUGGAUCUUGACAAUGAUGGGCGUUUAAGGAAUGUGUUUUGGGCAGAUGCCCGAUCCCGGGCGGCAUAUUGUUACUUUUGUGAUACAGUUAUUAUAGACACAACAUGCUUAAAUAACAGAUAUGAAAUUCCUCUGAUUUCAUUUGUUGGUGUGAACCACCACGGACAAUCAGUGUUGUUAGGAUGUGGCUUUGUUGGAUUUGAAGCAGUCGAGUGUUUUGUUUGGAUUUUGAAGGCAUGGCUUAGAUGCAUGCUAGGAUGCUCUCCACAGGUCAUCAUUACUGACCAAAAUAAAAAAUUGCUAGCUGCAGUCUCUGAAGUUUUCCCUAAAGCUUGUCACUGUUAUUCUAUGUGGUAUAUCAUGCAAAGAGUACCAGAAAAGUUGGGUGGAUUGAAAGGAUAUGAAAUGAUAAGAAGCCAAUUGAACAAAACCAUUUUUGGUUCAUUGAAGAUAGCUGAAUUUGAAACUUCAUGGACUAAUAUGAUCAAGCACAAUGGGCUUGGAGAAAAUAAAUGGCUUCAAUCACUGUAUGAAGAUCGAAAAUUAUGGGCUCCUGUAUACUUAAAAGACAUUUUUUUUGCAGGAAUGGUUCCUAUCCAUGCAAAUGAGAGCUUUAAAGCAUUUUUUGAUGGAUAUGUACAUAAACACACAUCUUUUAAGGAAUUUGUUGAUAAGUAUGAUCUUGCCCUCCAUAGGAAAUACCAUAAAGAAUCAGUAGCGGAUCUGGAGUCAAGAAAUUUAAGCCUUGAGUUGAAAACGAGAUGUAAUUUUGAAUUGCAGCUCUCCAAGGUCUACACAAAGGAAAUAUUUAGCAAGUUCCAAUCUGAGGUAGAAGGAAUGUACUCUUGCUUCAACACAAGGCAGGUCAAUGUAAAUGGGCCUAUAGUAACUUACAUUGUCAAAGAAAGGAUUGAAGUUGAGGGACAUGAGAAAGAGGUAAAAUAUUUUGAGGUAUUGUAUGAGACAACCGAAGUGGACAUUCGGUGCAUCUGCAGUUUGUUCAACUACAAAGGUUACCUAUGCAGGCAUGCGUUAAAUGUUCUUAAUUAUAACGGUGUGGAAGAAAUCCCAGCUCGCUACAUUCUACCACGCUGGUGUAAAGAUUUUAAACGCAGGUAUCAUCCAGGAGGGAACAACAAGCAGGGAGUGCAGCCUGCGUCGGGACAGGGAGCAGAACUUUGCCUCCAUGUUGUCAAGCUGCUACCUAUGGAUGAUAGAGGAGCUUUAUGAGCACAAUUUUCUGUAAAUGUUUAUGAAAAAGCUCUAUUAUCAUACAGUAGGCCCCAAGGCUAGGCUGCAAGGGUAAGCCAUUUUUAUAUUACCUUUGAGCUCAUAUUGCAUCUCAUCUGGUCAUUCAUUCCAAUGGAAAGUGAGACCAGAAAUCUUAACAUUUUCUGCCCACUUAAUUUCUCAACGCCCUCAAUAAUAGUACUAUCUCUGAAGAGGGGAUGGGCCCUCAUGCAUUCAUUAUAGUAAUAUUAGAUAUAAGUAGAGAUUUUACAGUUGGAUAUAGUGAAUAGAAUUAUUUAGUUAAUAAAUAGUGGCACAGUUUUGUGAAGAGGGUAGUACUGUAUUUAAACAACUUUUCAGAUGAGAGGGGAUUUUCCCCCUAUGAUUGUUAAAACA